GGAUGAAAAUCCAUUUCUGCUUUCUUUCUUUCCUUUCGUUGUUGUCGGCGUUUGUCGAGGUCAGGCACAUCGCUGCUGCUCUUCGUGACUUCUUGACUAUUGCUCCCUAAAAAGUCUCGUCUUUUUUUUCUUGCUACUAGCCCUAUUAUUAGUAUUUGAUCCGAGUAUUCCUGUUAAACCUCUGUAUUUGCGCAACUCUUUUCUCUCUUUGUUGUAGUUGCGCGUUCCCUUUUUCUCUUGUUUUCCGCUAUGUCAACUGAGUCACAAUCGACGGCAGCGCAGCUGCCUGCGCCGCCCCCGGCGCUCCUGCCGGUGGAGGAGCCCCCCGUCACCACACAGCCCACCAUGAAUUUGGAAGGCGUCGCAGCGUCCACCGGAAACGGAGGCGGCAACACCAAGUCGCUGUUGUGCGACAACUGCAGCGCCAGCGGUCACCUGCGUCGCAACUGCCCAAAGAUCAAGUGCAACCUGUGUGGCCGUCGCGGUCACUUCCGCCGUGACUGCCCGCAGGAUCCCGCGAAGCGGCUUCGCUCUGUCGACGAGGCUGCGAAUGAGCUGGACCAUCGCUGGGCCGUCUGCCGCAGCUGUGGCUCCUCCCGGCAUAUCCAAGCUCAGUGCCCUGUCCGCUUUCAAGCCCUGGAGUGCUAUCAAUGCCACCAGCGGGGUCACAUGAUGACCACCUGCCCGCAGACGCGCUGCUUUAACUGCGGCACCUUCGGCCACAGCUCCCAGGUUUGCCACAGCAAGCCGCACUGCUUCCACUGCUCCCACUCUGGGCACCGCUCGUCAGAGUGCCCGAUGCGCUCCAAGGGCCGCGUGUGUUAUCAGUGCAACGAGCCGGGUCACGAGGCAGCGAACUGCCCCCAGGGACAACUGUGUCGCAUGUGCCACCAACCAGGUCACCUCGUCGCCCACUGCCCGGAAGUGAUGUGCGACGUCUGCCACGAGAAAGGCCAUACUGCCGGCGUGUGUGAGAAGAACCACUGCGACAACUGCGGCGGCAUGCAUGGGACGGUGCAUUGCCCGCAGCCAUACGUGCCGCAGAUGGCACACGACCGCCUCUCUGACGAGCACUCACCGGACGAAGACACCCCCGGAAGCAACAACGGUGACGACUCGGACAGCUCGAAUGACUGCGAAACGCCGUCCACCGUGGCGAUGAACGGGGGCGACAAGGCGAACAAGUCUACUGUGGCCGCAACGCAGGUGAUCCCGCCCUACGUUACGCAAGCGAUCGUCAAGCGCGAGGGACGGGUGGCGGUGGUGAUCGACGGCGCCUACUUCGAGCGCUGCGUCACGCUCCGGCGUAACCGCGGCGACGCCGACUACUACCGCCACAUCGCCGACGCCCUGCGGCACACCAUCGACUUCCUUGGCGACAUUUUCCAGCGAGAGCCCUUCGCUUACUGGUUUGACACGGACACCACCGCCUUCACGGAGUUCAUUGAGACGUCCAUGCCGCUCGCCCACCGCGAGCGCGCGUUCCGCGAGACAACAGCCCGCAAGCUCUACCUGACAGAUGAGAUGAAUAGCGGCCGGUCGCUGCCGAACGUCGUGGCGAAGCUGGUCGGAGGCAUGAAGCGCCAGCGGGGGUACACGGAGGACGGGCCUGGGCACGUGUGGGUGCAGACCGGCGUUGACGUGGCCACGGCGACGUGCGUGAUUAGGCUCUUCCAAGAUCACCGUCAGUUCCAGCAGGUGGUGCUGCUGUGUGGAGAUGCUGACGUCUACCCUGCGGUGCAGUACUGCAACGGGCUGCGCCACACCACUCACCAGCACGCUGAAUGCCCACCGGUGCGCGUGUGUGGGACAUCGGACUCCAUGUCGAAGCUGUACGGGCAGCAUCAGGAUCUGGCAGACUUUUUACCCCGUAUCUUGCUCGACCGUCCCUCCCACACAGAAGCGGAACGAACCAUCGAGUUCGCAACCUCUGAGGUCUUUCGCUCCGCUUGA